AUGUCUCGUUUGCAACAAUUUAAAUUUCAUAUUCGUUCAAUAUUACGACAUGCUCCACAUAUAGAAGUUGAUACAAUUCGUCAAAGUUUUAACAAAGAACAACAGUCUGUUGAUUGUGUACUUGAUUAUUUCAAAAAUGGUUAUGGUCAGUGUCAAAUCUAUUCACUUCCUUUUAUUGGUACUCGUCUUGACUUCAUCUCAAAUCGAUUUCCACUUUUCGAUGUUAAGAAUACUUUCUCGAAUGUCACUACAUUAUUACUCUUUGAUGAUGGUAAACCCUUCGAAACUAUUUUUUUUUUUUGA